AUGAAACAUUCAAAAGCUCUAUUAUCGAAAAUUCCAUCAUCAGUGAGAUUAUCCUUACAACAAUUUCGACAAUCACAUAAUGAAGCAUCAUUGGGAGAAGAAAAAUCAGCUGGUGGUCUUAAUUUUGAAUUGAGUGCCGAACAAAAAGAAAUGCAACAAUUAGCAAGAAAAUUUACUAAAGAAGAAAUUAUACCAGUUGCUGCACAUUAUGAUAAGACAGGAGAGUAUCCAUGGCCAAUUGUGAAAAAAGCUCAUGCACUUGGUUUAAUGAAUAUGCAUAUACCAACAAAAUAUGGCGGUUUGGGACUUGGUAUUCUUGAUUCAUGUGUUGUUACAGAAGAAUUAGCCUAUGGUUGUACUGGAAUUCAAACCGCUCUUGAAGCAAAUUCACUUGGAAUGGCUCCAGUUAUUGUUGCUGGUAAUGAUGAACAAAAAAAGAGAUUUUUAGGACGAUUAAUUGAGGAACCAUUAAUGUGUGGAUAUUGUGUAACUGAACCAGGUGCUGGCUCAGAUGUUGCUGGUAUUAAAACAAAAGCAGAAAAAAAAGGUGAUGAAUAUAUUGUCAAUGGACAAAAAAUGUGGAUUACUAAUGGAGGCGUAGCUAAUUGGUUUUUCCUUUUGGCUCGUACUAAUUCUGAUCCAAAAGCACCUGCUAGUAAAGCAUUUACUGCAUUUGCUAUUGAAGCUGAAAAUCCUGGUUUGACACGAGGUCGAAAAGAAUGGAAUAUGGGUCAACGAGCUUCAGAUACACGUGGUCUUACAUUUGAAGAUAUGCGCGUACCCGCAGCUAAUGUUCUUGGUAAAGAAGGUGAAGGUUUUAAAGUUGCAAUGUUAGUAUUUGAUAAAACACGUCCACCUGUUGCUGCUGGUGCAAUUGGUCUUGCUCGUCGUGCAAUGGAUGAAGCAACGCAAUAUUCAUUACAACGAAAAACUAUGGGCAAAUUUAUAGCUGAACAUCAAGCUAUCGCUUUUAUGCUUGCUGAAAUGGCUAUUGGAAUUGAAUCAGCACGUUUAGUUACACAUAAAGCUGCGUGGCAAGUUGAUAACGGUGGUAAAAAUACAUAUUAUGCAUCAAUAGCAAAAGCAUUAGCAUCUGAUGUUGCUAAUAAAUCAGCAACCGAUGCUGUACAAAUAUUUGGUGGUAAUGGAUUUAAUAGUGAAUAUCCUGUUGAAAAACUUAUGCGAGAUGCUAAAAUCUUCCAAAUUUAUGAAGGUACAUCUCAAGUUCAACGUUUAAUUAUUUCGCGUGAAAUUCUUUCACGUGCUAAAUCAGUAGCUUCAUAA